UGGAAGCAACAUCUAAGGAAAACAUCCAAGUCCAAGUGUUUUCCAACAAGGAAUGCAGUGAAUAUUAUCAUAGCCUGCUCCAGUGUAAGUUUCAGAAUGGUGUUACACCAAAGAGGCUCUGCCUUGUUUCCUGCUGAACAGCUCUACAAAGAACUGCAGCACUGCCUCCCAGCAUGCUACUUCUACAACACCCUCACAUUUGGCAUCUGUGAGCAGAGAGCUCUUGGAAACCUUGUUCGGGAUACUCAUUUGGACAAUAGUAAAGGAUAUUUGAGUCAUUCCCAGCAGGGAGAUCAGAAUGAGUAGCAGACUGGAAUCCAAUCAACACCAAAUGUAAAGGCAAGAUAGAUGAAGAGCAUCAACUAAGUACUUUACUAUCUUCAGGACUAUCACAAUGGCAGAUGAACAAGAAGGUCUUAACAAGAAUGAUGGUAUGGUGACAGACAUCCUGAAUCGCCGUUAUGUGCCAGCUUAUCUCAAAAGUGUGGCCUGGGAAGGUUUUGACUUUGCUGGACAUGAUAUAAAAAUAGUAGAAGCCACAGAUCUGUAUGGUGCUACGGUUUGGCCUUCGGCACUAGUAUUGUGUUAUUUUUUGGAAAAGCACGGAAAACACUUAUGUAUCGAGGACAAAUGCAUAAUCGAGAUAGGAUCUGGAACGGGCUUGGUUUCAAUCGUAGCUUGUCUACUUGGUGCACAAGUUAUAGCUACAGACCUAAAAGAACUCAUUGGAAACCUGCAGUAUAAUGUUAUUCGAAAUACUAAACUAAAAUGUAAACAUGUUCCACAAGUUAAAGAACUGACUUGGGGAUCUUAUCUGGAAGAAACGUUUCCUAAAUCUUCCUCAGACUUUGAUUACAUCCUAGCAGCAGAUGUUGUGUAUAACCACCCAUACCUGGAGGAACUUUUAGAGACAUUUCAGCAUUUGUGCAAGGAGAAGACCACUAUUCUGUGGGCUAUGAGAUUUCGGAAAGAAAAUACUCUUAUAGAAAAUGCAUUCAUUAACAACUUCCAGAAAUCAUUCGACCUGGAGGUUGUCUAUGAUCUGCCAAGUCUGAACAUAAAACUCUACAGAGCUAGAAGAAGAUGCAAACUCACUGCAUAAUAUUUAUUAAUUGUCUAAAAAUUCCAAUUAAGUUAUUCCAUGUUUAAAACUAAUAAUUAGUAUGAACAAAUAUUCACAAACUAAGAGAUAAAUGGUGUGUUUUAUAUAUUGGCUCACUGGUUAAAAUGAAAUAUGCUCUUCAAAUAAAUGUAUACCAGUGAGGUUUCA